GUAGUACCAGACUAUUUGAUAUGGACUAUCAACAAUGUCAAAAAUAGAUGCAGUGGAGAUUGGACCACCGGAUAUAAGACGAAAUGAACGAUUUCAUUUAUUUCCAUAUGAAAGACUUGAAUCAUUUGCAAUAACUGCUGGUUUAAUAGGAGGAUUUACCGGAUUUUAUGAAGGAACUAAAUUAGCUAGUAUAAGAUAUUUAACUGAGAAUGGUCAUAGAUUACCAAGAACAGUAGGUGGAUGGUAUUUCUAUCAUAAGAAAAAGAAUUAUGUUAUGAUUGUAAAUGGAGUUCAAACAGGUUUAAGACAUGGAUUUAAAUAUACAUUUAUGGUAGGAGGAUUCUUUGGAUUAGAAUAUUUAAUAGAUAAGUAUAUUCGUCAUGAUACAAUUGAUUUAUUUAAUACUAUGACUGCAAGUACGAUAUUUGCUGGUAUAUAUGGUAUUUAUAAUAAUUUAAGUGCGGUUCAAGUUAAGAAGUAUAUGUUUAAAGGUUCUGCAAUGGGUCUAAGUUUAGGAAUAACUCAAGAUUUAUUAAUCUUUACCAGAGGGGGGAAUGUAUGGUAUCUCGAUAAACUCGGCAUUAAAAAUCCAAAACAUAAUGAUAAAUCUAUUGUCAGUUUGUAAAUAUCAUCUAUUUAAGUUUAUGUACAUAGAAUAAAGGAAUAAAGAAACUAAUCUAAUCUAAUCUAUUCGUCAUUGUCUUCAUUUUCAUUUUCAUCUUCAUCUUCAUCUUCAGACUCAUCUAAAUCAGGAACAGGAUACUUCAAUAAUGCCGCUAUACCAGUCAAUUGAUUAAGUUGAACUCCU